AUGGGGUUUACCCGCAAAGAGAUUGUAGCUCUUAUGGGUACCCACACUCUGGGGGCCAUGGCGUUUGAGUUUUCAGGAUUCUCAGCAUUUUUGCACGAAGAGCGAGAUUUGGACCAGUCUGCCUGGAUUGGUUCCAAUGAUGCGUUCGACAACGGUUGGUAUCGGUUCAUGUUGCGUGUUCCAUGGGACAAGAAGGAAACUAUGGUUGACGAUGUGACGGUGAUUGAAUGGUUGUUCCGUGACAAUACGUUUCUUAACAGUGAUGAAGGUACAAUGUCAGGGCGUCCAUAA